CCUUUAGACUUCCUUUGGGAUUUCCCCACCUCCCACCAUCACCAGACAAAACCCUACUGAUGGUGUGAUUCACCAGGGGGAGAGCCUUUUUAAAACGCUGGGGUUGCUGGAGUGGUCGAAUUUUUCCUGGAAUUGAGUGAGAAAUUCAGAAGACUGAAGCCCAGGCUCACUGUCUACCUUUCACGGAGGCCCAGCCGUGAGAGGACAGAAGAAGGCACGUGGCGAAUCAUGACAGCAGACAAAGAAAAGGACAAAGAGAAAGAAAAGGACCGGGACAGAGACCGGGACAGGGAACGGGACAAGAGGGAGAAAGCACGGGAGGGCGAGAACUCACGGCCUCGCCGGAGCUGCACUCUGGAAGGAGGGGCCAAGAAUUACGCGGAGAGUGACCACAGCGAAGAUGAGGACAACGACAACAACAGUGCCACCACGGAGGAGUCCACAAAGAAAAACAAGAAGAAACCGCCCAAGAAGAAAUCGCGCUAUGAGAGGACAGACAACGGGGAGAUUACCUCCUUCAUCACAGAAGAUGAUGUUGUCUACAGGCCUGGAGAUUGUGUAUACAUUGAGAGUCGCCGACCAAACACCCCAUACUUCAUCUGUAGCAUUCAAGACUUCAAACUGAGCAAACGGGACCACCUUCUGAUGAACGUCAAAUGGUACUAUCGCCAGUCUGAAGUCCCAGAUUCUGUCUAUCAACAUUUAGUUCAGGACCGACAUAAUGAGAAUGAUUCUGGGCGUGAGCUGGUAAUUACAGACCCAGUGAUCAAGAACCGAGAGCUCUUCAUUUCGGACUACGUCGACACCUAUCAUGCUGCUGCUCUGAGGGGGAAGUGUAAUAUCUCCCAUUUUUCUGACAUUUUUGCUGCUAGAGAGUUUAAAGCUCGAGUGGAUUCCUUUUUCUACAUACUGGGCUACAAUCCAGAAACAAGGAGGUUGAACAGCACACAGGGUGAAAUCCGGGUUGGGCCCAGUCACCAGGCAAAACUUCCGGAACUGCAGCCAUUCCCUUCAGGAGACAGCGACACUGUGACACAGCAUGAGGAGCUGGUCUGGAUGCCCGGAGUCAACGACUGUGAUCUGCUCAUGUACCUGAGGGCAGCACGGAGCAUGGCAGCUUUUGCAGGGAUGUGUGAUGGAGGAUCCACGGAAGACGGCUGUGUUGCAGCCUCCCGCGAUGACACUACGCUCAACGCACUCAACACACUACAUGAAAGCAACUAUGAUGCUGGCAAAGCCCUGCAGCGCCUGGUGAAGAAGCCGGUGCCCAAACUCAUCGAGAAGUGCUGGACAGAAGAUGAAGUGAAACGCUUCAUUAAAGGACUCCGACAGUAUGGAAAAAACUUCUUCAGGAUCCGAAAAGAGUUGUUGCCUAAUAAGGAAACGGGAGAACUGAUCACCUUCUAUUACUACUGGAAGAAAACCCCCGAAGCUGCAAGUUCUCGAGCUCACCGCAGGCAUCGGAGGCAGGCCGUGUUCCGGAGAAUUAAGACCCGAACAGCUUCCACACCAGUUAACACUCCCUCCAGGCCCCCCUCCAGUGAAUUCUUGGAUUUGAGUUCCGCCAGUGAGGAUGAUUUCGACAGUGAAGACAGCGAGCAAGAGCUGAAGGGUUACGCCUGUCGCCACUGCUUCACCACCACCUCCAAGGACUGGCACCACGGUGGGCGGGAGAACAUCUUGCUCUGUACUGACUGCCGUAUCCACUUCAAGAAGUACGGGGAGCUCCCGCCCAUCGAGAAGCCAGUGGACCCGCCCCCCUUUAUGUUUAAGCCUGUCAAAGAGGAAGAUGAUGGACUCAGCGGGAAGCAUAGCAUGAGGACACGGAGGAGUCGAGGCUCGCAGAUGUCUACACUACGCAGUGGUCGUAAAAAGCAGCCAACCAGCCCCGAUGGUAGAGCCUCCCCCAUCAACGAAGACAUCCGAUCCAGCGGUCGCAACUCUCCCAGCGCUGCCAGUACUUCAAGUAAUGAUAGCAAGGCUGACUCAGUGAAGAAGUCCACCAAGAAGAUAAAAGAGGAGACAUCAUCUCCUCUCAAGAGUUCCAAGCGACAGCGAGAAAAAGCAGCGUCUGACACAGAGGAGCCUGAAAGAAUCAACGCCAAAAAAACCAAAACUCAAGAGAUCAGCAGGCCCGAUUCCCCCUCGGAAGGGGAGGGAGAAGGGGAAAGCUCCGACAGCCGCAGUGUGAACGAUGAGGGCAGCAGUGACCCGAAGGACAUCGACCAGGACAACCGGAGCACCUCGCCCAGCAUCCCCAGCCCCCAGGAGAACGAAAGUGACUCAGAUUCGUCCGCUCAGCAGCAAGUGCUGCAGGCGACCAAUGGCCUGUCGCAACCCCCGCCACCUGCUCUCCCUGUGUCAGCACAGCUGCCCGCACCUCUGCCCAUAGCUGCAAGUACCCCCUCUUCGGUGCCCUCCCAUGUUUCUCCAGCAUCCCAGCCGCCCGGCCAGCCAGCAGCUCCGGUGCCCCCUCAUUCUCAUAUCCAGCAAGGCCCUGUGCUUCACCCCCAGAGACUCCCUUCACCUCACCCACCUCUGCAGCCUCUGACCGUGCCCCAGAGCCAACCCCAGGUUCCCACCGCAUCUCAGCCGCACCCGCAGCCUCCGCUCCACGGGCAGAUCCAGGCGGUCCCUCACAGCCUCCAGGCCCAGCCGCUCCUGCCUCAUCAAGUCCCUUCUCAGGCUUUCUCGCUGCCGCCUCAGUCGUCGGCCUCUUCUCAGUCUCAGGUUCCCCUGCAGUCACAGCCCGCCUCUCACCCCCAUGCGGCGCUUCAGCCCCCUGCAGCCCAGCCCGGCUUGCAAGCACCGUCUCCCAUGCAGCAGCCGCCACAGCCACCGCGAGAGCAGCCCCUGCCCCCUGCCCCCCUAUCUAUGCCACACAUCAAACCGCCUCCCACCACCCCAAUCCCUCAGCUCCCUACCCCAGCACACAAGCACCCUCCCCAUCUGUCGGGACCUUCGCCGUUUUCCAUGAACUCCAAUCUGCCGCCACCGCCCGCCCUGAAGCCGCUCAGCUCCCUCUCGACUCACCACCCGCCAUCUGCGCAUCCGCCUCCCUUGCAGCUGAUGCCUCAGAGUCAGCCGCUACAGCCCUCAUCAGCACAGCCUCCCGUCCUGACGCAAAGCCAGAGCUUGCCUGCCUCGGCCAGCCACCCCUCCGCCAGUCUCCAUCAAGUACCUUCACAGCCCCCUUUCUCCCAGCAUCCCUUUGCCCCCGGGGGGCCGCCCUCCAUCACUCCGCCCUCUUGUCCGUCGACAUCCACGCCUCCUUCUGUGCCUGGCGUUCCGCCUCAAGCCGCAGUCUCCACGUCGGCAGCUUCCUGCGGAAACGUCCCAGUGGUCACGUCUACGAUACCACCCAUCCAGAUUAAAGAGGAGGCUCCAGAUGAGGCAGAGGAACCAGAAAGCCCGCCACCCCCACCCAGGAGUCCAUCGCCAGAACCGACGGUGGUGGAUACACCGAGCCAUGCCAGCCAGUCCGCUAGGUUUUACAAGCACCUGGAUCGUGGCUACAACUCAUGUGCAAGAACAGACCUGUAUUUCAUGCCACUAGCAGGUUCCAAACUGGCAAAGAAGCGAGAGGAGGCCAUCGAGAAGGCUAAGAGGGAGGCAGAGCAGAAGGCAAGAGAAGAGAGGGAACGGGAGAAAGAGAAAGAAAAGGAGAGGGAGAGAGAGCGUGAGCGUGAGAGAGAAGCAGAAAGAGCGGCGCAGAAAGCAUCCAGCUCCUCCCAUGAAGGGCGUCUCGGGGAUUCCCAGCUGAGUGGGCCAACUCACAUGAGGCCUUCGUUUGAACCACCUCCCACCACUAUUGCUGCAGUUCCCCCGUACAUUGGGCCAGACACGCCAGCACUACGGACUCUCAGCGAAUACGCGCGCCCCCAUGUCAUGUCCCCCACAAAUCGCAACCAUCCCUUCUUCGUUCCCCUCAACCCCACUGACCCACUUCUGGCCUACCACAUGCCUGGCCUUUACAAUGUGGACCCCACCAUCCGGGAACGGGAGCUACGCGAACGGGAGAUCCGGGAGCGAGAGAUCCGAGAGCGGGAGCUGCGCGAGAGGAUGAAGCCGGGCUUCGAGGUGAAGCCUCCAGAACUCGAUGCGUUGCACCCUGCCACCAACCCCAUGGAGCACUUUGCCCGACACGGCGCCCUCACCAUUCCCCCCACGGCAGGCCCUCAUCCGUUCGCUUCUUUCCAUCCGGGGUUGAACCCUCUGGAACGGGAGAGACUUGCUCUGGCAGGCCCCCAGUUGCGGCCUGAAAUGAGCUACCCUGACAGACUGGCUGCCGAAAGGAUACACGCGGAGCGGAUGGCCUCGCUCACCAACGAUCCCUUGGCCAGGCUCCAGAUGUUCAACGUGACGCCGCAUCAUCACCAACAUUCACACAUACACUCGCACCUCCACCUCCACCAGCAAGACCCGCUCCAUCAAGGCUCAGCUGGACCUGUUCAUCCCCUUGUGGAUCCCUUGGCAGCUGGACCCCACUUGGCACGCUUCCCAUACCCACCUGGUACCAUCCCAAACCCAUUGCUAGGGCAGCCACCGCACGAACAUGAAAUGCUCCGGCAUCCAGUCUUCGGUACCCCCUACCCCCGUGACCUGCCCGGUGCCAUCCCCCCUCCAAUGUCAGCUGCCCAUCAAUUACAGGCCAUGCAUGCCCAGUCAGCAGAACUUCAGAGACUAGCUAUGGAGCAGCAGUGGCUACACGGACAUCCCCACAUGCAUGGGGGACACCUUCCCAGUCAAGAAGACUAUUACAGUCGGCUGAAGAAAGAAGGCGACAAGCAGUUGUAAUAAAUUAUUUAUUUGUAAGGCCAGCUGCGGAGGAGCCCCAUCCUUGGGAAAAAGGCGAUAUGGAAGUGCGUCCCAGAACUGCAGAAUGUGAGAGAACCAAUCUUCGGAAGACACCUUUCUCUGUUUAAAAAUGAAAAGCCCAACUGCUAGAGACUUGCGUCAAUGCAUAUAUUAUAGGGUUCAUUUGUAGAGAAGAUUUCGCAAGACCGGUUUGGGGAGGGGUGGGGGGGUCUCCUUGCAUGAUAAAAACCUGUUAAGCCUGUUGGAAAACACACAGGACCUGAGGAAAUAUUCAGAGACGUUCCCUGGGCAAUCUGGGGGGUGGGGGUGUUGGGUUCGGUUUUUUUUUUUUUAAUUUUGUGUUUGUUUUUGUUUUGAGUAGGUGCUAGAAUCAGGUUCACAACAUAAUGCAAGCCACUGUGCAUAAAAAUACACUCAAUUUAUAUAUAGAUAUAUAUAUACUUUAAGAAAAGAGAAAAAAAACAAGAAUUACAAGUAAGUGGCAUAAACAACCUCUGAAAAUCCAAGUGCUAUAAACAAGAAUUUUAAAAGAAAUCUACUUUUAUUUUAAUACAUUGUAGGAAAACUUCAUAAUUUUAAAGAGAGCUUUGCAGCAUGGCUUUAUAAGUCUGUAAAUAAUUUUUCGGGUUAGGGGCUAAAAAUUAUUAUUAUAACCUUCACAAAAUCCUGAUUCCCCCCCCCCCUUUCUUUUUCCUCCAGUAACAUCAUAAAAUCGUUACUUCUUACCUGGUGUUGACAAGAAUACAGAGUUGAUUUUUUAAUAUAAGAGGAAUAUAUAUAAUUAUCCCUUUAGUUAAAGGGAGACGUUGGGGGGAUGUCAGUAAUUUCAAAAUGGGCAGAAGCUUGAUUUUAUGGUUUGGUAGCAAUGUAAACAUUAAAGGGAGUUGCAGGGAUAAUGUUACAGAACUACCAUUUUCUCUUGUAUGUGUGUUUGUGUGUGAUUUUUAAUUUAAUUCCUUUGUUCCACGAUCAUCAUAACGGCCUUCUGUCUUAGAAAUUGGUUUUGUCAUAAUUCAGUUGCUCAGCAGGUAAAUGCAUUACACGUUCUACAUUUGGGGAUAAAUUGUUGAAGGCAAAAAUAAUACCUGCACUGGAGCCUUCUUUCAGCAUGCCCCGCAGGUGCAGGAGUUUUUUGAAGCGAACAGAAUUUGUCCGUGUUGCAGUUCAUUCAAAGAAUGAGUUUCUUGCAAAAUUCUGGAAUGUUGUACGUUCCCAGAACAGCUUCAAAAUUCGCCUCUUCCUUUAUUAAUGUAGCAUUAGCCUGAAACUUUUAUCUUGUAAAAUGUGUGCCACACCCUUGCACUAACAUUUUUCUUUUAAAAAAGGCUUAAGUUUUCAUUCCGUCUUCUAGACUUCUGGCCACAGAUCCCGCAAGAAGUUCCUUGUAAAGAGGAGCUUCUUUGUUCUUUUCUGCACACAUGGAGCAUGCCCCACUCUUUGGAAAGAAUCUGUGUGCUUGGAGCUCCGUGUGAGUAUCGGAGCCCCCGCACGAGGCACCAGAGCUGCUGAAUCUAAACACAGACUUGUACUGAUACAAUGCAACAAUACACACCAAACCACUUGAAAAAUAAUUUAUUUUCUAGAUGUGCUGGAUUAGAUCUUGUCAUUCCAGGCCUUUGAGCAUGUUUGGGGAGUGGGGCAAAGGGGCUGUCAGAGAGCUGUGAGCCUUCAUGGUGGCCAAGCUUAAAUUGCACUUAUUCAAAACGUGAGAUCUUGAUUGUCCCGGGUUUCCUUUUGAUAGGGAUGCAUGUCGGCAAAACUUUGCUGAUACAUCCAGUACAGUGGACCACUGGGGUUAGGUAGCGCCUGGACUUAACCCCAAGAGCAUAAACUGCCAGGAAGUUAACCAGCACAAGACUCAUGGAAAUCAACAACAACUGAAUGUGUGUGCACUCUUUUAUAGUGCCUGUUUUCAGAGGAAAACUUCCUGGAAGAUUGUGCCUUAAGGUUCCCCCCCCCCCCCAAGUUUAAGAUGGAAAUUGCCCUGCGGCACUCUUCUUGUGCAGUGAGGGCAGCCAUAAAACCGGUAGACAACUUUCAAGACAAAGAGGUGACAAUGAUAUAAAACCCCUUUCCGUCCCUCUCAAGCUAUGACUUUAGAUACAAGGGCAGAUGGCACCGAAGUCUGUGACGUGUGUGUGGCCAGUUACAUUUUUUCCCCAUUUGUUGCAUUCACUGUAACAUUUUCUUUCUUUUUCUUCCUCUUCCGGAGGGCUGUUACCAUUUGCUGCGAAGACUGUUAUCCAUGGUGGUCUUUCAGAGAGCAUCAUUGUGCCACAUCAGAGAACCCUGUAGCUAAUUGUUGGCUAUCUCCAAAGACACAGGGCAGGGUGCAUUUUUAACCUGCCUAGCAGAAUUCCGGUCUCCUUCUGCCUUGGGUCAGAGAAAGGUGGUUUAUUUGCUUGGCUUCCCACUUCUUCUUUAACCUCUAUUAUUCAGAGUUGUCUUUCAUUCUAAUUCCAUUCCUUGUUAGGAAUCCAAUGCUUGCUUUCAUGCCAAGACACAAGUGGCUGGUUAGUGGUAAGAUACAGCCUGUGCGGCAUUUCUUUAGUCCCCUCCCUAUUACCCAGGCCAGCCUGGUUCACCCCAUUUUCAAAAGUGAUGACAUUAGGGUGUGCUCACAUCACAUCCAGUGCUCAUCUGACCUCAUCGCCCAGGUACACUGUGCCAGUCCCUGCCCCUCGAUAGGACAGACCAUGGCACAGUUCACAUAAGAUGAUUUCCAGAUGGGAUUCUUCCAGGAAGAGGCACAUAUGCUUUCUCACCUGUGCUCUUGAGAGCUAAAAUGCUGGGUUCAGGAGCGCAGGGUGCUAAAUUCGGCAGACAAGAGCACAGCAAACAAGAUCCUCAAAGCUUUACCUUCUCAAGCUUGUCCAGUAUAUUUCCGAUUUACUACCAUUGUUUGAAAGUUGAUAUCCAUAAUUCCCAGCUUUACUUGGCUGAGCAUUCCCAACAGAUUGUCAUACUUGGUUGCCUUUUAAGGCACUUCCGUAUGAUCAAAAGCGUCUUCUCAAGAAAACCUGAGGGCCGGCAGCUUUGUGAGGGUGACGCUGAACCUUUACAGAUCUCCUGUCCCUUCCCAGAACUACAAUUCUCCCAGUUCUUUGGGGGAGACAGUUUAGCACAGAUGACUGUAGACAUGUCCGCAGUCCAUGGUACUGUUAAUGUCAGCUUGCUCCUUUCCCUUUCAGUUUUACAUGUAGCACUUUGUGGUUCCUUCUUGGAAUCUGAUUUUUUUAUGUUUAUGGUUAGUAUUUUGAAUCAUUCCGGGGUGGCAGAGGAGUCCAGAAGCUGUUUAUUUCUUGGAUCUAAUGAUUAACUACAGUGUUACGUGCACCUGGUCUCUGAGGCCACCAUGCCCUAUUUAGAACCACCCAGAGCUUUUGGGGUUACCUUUUCAGAAUUCUUAUUUUUAUUCUUUGAAUUUUUAAAAUUCAUUUUGUUGUUGUUUUUUGUGGGUUUUUUUCCUUUCCAACCGUCUCUUGUUCUGUGUCGUCAUGGUUUUGACCUAGUUUCACUGCGCCGUUUAAAAAGCAGAAUAUACAUUCUGACAGCUACGUUUAUAUAUAUCUUGAGGCUUAGUGUAUAUAUGAGUAGUUUGCCAUGGGAUAACACAGUGUAAAACAGAGUAGAAAACCCAGAAAUCGUGACUUCUGUGUUCUCUCCAUUUUGAGUAUUUUGUAAUUUUUUUGAAAUAUUUGUGGACAUAAAUAAAAACCAAGCUACACUA